GCUAGGAAUGUAAGAGCUGCUUGUAGGCUGAGCGGUGAAGGAGGAGGAGGAGAAGAAGAAGAAGAAGAAACUGUUCUUCUUUUCAGAGUUUUUUUUUUUAAUUUUGGAAAUAAACUUGUACAUUACUGCUGCUGAGAUUGAAAUAUCUGCCAUAUAAACCUGGUGCUGCUAUCGAGACACUUCUGCGGAUCUUCUACGCGUUUGGGUCGCGGUUUCAUUCUUUUCUUUAAGGGAUAUAUCACAUUUCUGUACUCUUCCUCCAUCACCACCAUCACCACCACCAUCACUCCUACCACAGCUCCAUCUCCUCGCCCAGAGCCCAGGCAGGGUGUGAUCCUCGCGCCCCAGAUUUGCACCAUGAGCCAGGCGGACGUGUCCACUUGCUCUGCGCCGCAGCGGGUUUUCCAGGAGGCGGUGCGCCGCGGCAACACCAAGGAGCUGCACUCCCUGCUGCAGAACAUGAGCAGCUGUGAGUUCAACGUCAACUCGUUCGGACCUGAAGGCCAGACCGCGCUGCACCAGUCGGUCAUCGAUGGAAACCUGGAGCUCGUCAAGCUGCUGGUGAAGUUCGGAGCGGACAUCCGGCUCGCCAACCGCGAGGGCUGGAGCGCGCUGCACAUCGCCGCGUUCGGGGGUCACCAGGACAUCGUGCUGUACCUCAUCACCAAGGCCAAGUACUCCAAUGGAGCGCGGUGAUGCAUGGCAUGCAACAUCUCUCUCUCUCUCUCUCUCUCUCUCUCUCUCUCACUCUCUCUCUCUCUCUCUCUGGCCAAAACUUCAGAGAUCGCGGCUCAUUUUUAUUCACCUAAAACCAAAUUAGCGCUAUAGACCUGGGCUUCAAACGGAUCAAAUGUCCUUUAACUAACUCCUGAGUGAUCUGACAUGCAAGUGCAUUGGUACUAAAGCUUUUUCUCUCUCUCUCUCUCCUUUCUUUUAUCGCCCUGAUUGUCAGAAACAUCAGAAAAAAUGACUUCUUUUUUUGCUGGAUGGAUGGAUGACUGGUUGCUCCUCAAAGUUACUGACUUAAAAAAAAAAAAAAAAAUUAAAAAUCAGAACACACACACGGAUGGCACUUGAGGUAUGCUGGAAAAAAGGGAAUUUAUUAUUAUUAUUAUUUUGGGUCAACACUGUUUCUGAGAACCUGAAAUGCCAUGUGGUUGUGAUGAUGAAGAUGGUUUUUUUUUUUUGCAAUCAGUUAAAGCAUUUAUUUCUGAAUAAUAUUCAAAACAUUAUUGAAAAUAACAGCAAGUGGUGUAAAGUUUAAAGUACUGUAUACAAUAGCUUUACUUCUUAAUAAGAGUAGUCCUGCAGUCGCCUACAGCAGAUGAUAUAGAGGUGUGUGUGUGUGUGUGUGUGUGUGUGUGUGUGUGUGUGUGUGUGUGUGUUAAAAAGAAAAAAGAAAAAAACUGCUGCUUUUCGCUUUUCACGUCAGGAAAGUUGCGUUUGGAGUUGAUCAUCUUCUCAGUAUUUUUUCCUUCUUUAAUUUUAACAUCCUGGUCAUCACUGUGAAAUACAGACUGGGGUUCUUAUUUAUGAAGGUACAUUGAUGAUGAUGAUGAUGAUGAUGAUGAUGGUCAUGAUGAUGCAUAUAUAUCAUGUUUGUUUUUUUUUGUUUUUUAAUCCGUGUUUUGGGGAAAACAAGCUGCUUUGCGUUUAUACCCUCAAAAAUAUGUGGAGAUAUAUAUUUUUGGCAUUCUGUGUCCUAGCUUUCUUUCUUCCUUUCUUUCUUUUCUUUUUAAAAGUGCAUAGUUCUCGUGCUUGCUUCCACACACCUGUGUGACGUCACGAUGACAUCAGAAAGGUGUGUUGGAUCGACGGGACGCUAUUGAUCUCCUCAGAACCUUCAGGACCCUCACACUUUCCCCCUGUUGUGUGUUAUGGAUCUCUGCACCAGCUACCUCGACUUUAAAGUAUUCAACUUUUUUUUAAAGCCUAGUGAUCCGUCUCAUAACCUUCAUCGUUUCCUGUUGAAUGCCUGUUCUCCACAAUUUUAAUCUUCACUCGGGAUCAUUUCCGACAACCAAAACUCAAUCAAAAACCAUAAUGAUUAUUAUUAUUAUCAUUAUUAUUAUUUGCAAGUCAGCCGAACGCUCAACUUUGUUUGUCGCCUGUUUGUUUGUGGCCUGAUUUUAUUAAAUGCAGGGAGUUUUUGUUGCACAUAAAAAAAAAAAAAUCACGGAGCCUUUAUUUUAUUCUUUUGUUUUUUUAUUAUUAUGAUUGUUUUUCACGCCCCCUCGUGCCUGCUCGGGUAACUGCAGGAUUUGUGGCUGCAGAGAGAGAGAGAGAGAGAGAGAGAGAGAGAUCGAUCACAAGAGACUACUGAGCACCACUCGACUCACAUACUGCUAAAGAAAGACUGAUGUGUGAUUUAUUGCAGGGAUGAAUAAUCUUCAGAUUUAAGAAAAAAAAAACACAAGAAAUCACACGAGGAAACAGACCUGCGUUUGUGUUUGAGUUUCAGCCGGAUGUGUUUCAAUGCUGCUUUCAUUUACAUUUGAUUUGUUGUUUAUUUGUUUUGUUUUUAAAGCCAACAGCGAGUGAAAGAGGAGUAAAUGUGCAGUUGUAAACCUCCUGAAUGUGUGUGUGUGUGUGUGUGUGUGUGUGUGUGUGUGUUGAAUGCAUACCGCUGUUGAACUGGUUCUUGCUUGUCUGGCCCCGUUGAUAAGCCCUGGUUAGACUUAAAAACAUUUCUUUAAGUAAAAAAUAAAAUAAAUGAAAUAAAACCUGGAGUAGAGUAACACCAAGAGUCUGAGGUGAUCCGAAUAAAAGACUAAAUAUGCAUGUCUUAAACUUGAUAACUUUUUUUUUAAAAAAAUUAUUAUUAUUAUUAUUAUUUUUAGUUGUUGUUUUUUUUUUUUAGGUUUUUUUAAAGUUGCACUGAUGACUGUUCACUCGUUGGCUUUGCGUCAACAUUUUUUUUUUUUUUUUCUAAAUAGAAAAAAAGGAACACGACACAAAAAAAGCUCCAGGUUCUUUUAUUGUCAGUUGUGUACUUGUGUCUAUAUAUAUGUAUGUGUGUGUAUAUAUAUAUAUAUAUAUAUAUAUAUAUAUAUAUAUAUAUAUAUAUAUAUAUAUAUAUAUAAUAUAGUGUAUGUGUAUGUUUAUGUAUAGAAAUAUAUCAAUAAAAAUCCAGGGCGCUUUCUUUUUCGAAGUGCUCUCCCUGUAUAAGGGGAAUAAAGAAUACAUGUGAUGGUAAGAUCAUUGUAAAGGGAAAAAAAAAAAAUCAACCAAUUGUUAAGAAUUGCACGGUGUUGCGGUCAUUUCUGCUCUGAUUUUUGUCAUAACAUUUAUGACAUGGGGAGCCGAAGCGACUCGUUUAGGUGAAAGUGAAUUUGAAAGAGUGGAUUUUCUUUUCUUUUCUUUUUUUUUUGUGGACCAAGUUGUUGCGUCUCGUGAACAAAUUGUGAGUGACUCUAUUUUAUUUGUGAGUGUGAGUGUGUUUGUUUGUUUGUUUUGGACAUUUGUAACACUGUGAUAUGUCGUGUGCUCAGAUGACGGAGUGCUGUAAUAUGUUUUGUACGUUUGUGUACAAGCCAGUAAAGAAUUAAACCUUUAAAAAAGGUG